AUGGGGCAGCAGGUGGGCCGCGUCGGGGAGGCUCCGGGGCUGGCGGCGCCGCCCGCCCGCGGGCUCCGGGGCAGCAGCGGCGCGGCCAGGCCGGGCGGCCGCCGGCGGGACCCCGCGGGACGCAGCGCCGACGCGGGCUUCAACGUCUUCGCGCAGCACGAAGCGCUACACCGGCCGUUUGGCUGCGACGUGGAGUCCCAGGCGCUGAACGAGGCCAUCCGCUGGAGCUCCAAGGAGAACCUGCUGGGCGCCACCGAGACGGACCCCAACCUCUUUGUCGCGCUCUAUGACUUUGUCGCCAGCGGGGACAACACCCUCAGUAUCACGAAAGGCGAGAAGCUCCGCGUGCUGGGCUACAACCAGAACGGCGAGUGGAGCGAGGUGCGCUCCAAGAACGGGCAGGGCUGGGUGCCCAGCAACUACAUCACGCCCGUCAACAGCCUGGAGAAGCACUCGUGGUACCACGGGCCCGUGUCGCGCUCGGCCGCCGAGUACCUGCUGAGCAGCCUCAUCAACGGCAGCUUCCUGGUGCGCGAGAGCGAGAGCAGCCCCGGGCAGCUGUCCAUCUCGCUGCGCUACGAGGGCCGCGUGUACCACUACCGCAUCAACACGGCCGCCGACGGCAAGGUGUACGUGACAGCCGAGAGCCGCUUCAGCGCCCUGGCCGAGCUCGUCCACCACCACUCGACGGUGGCCGACGGGCUGGUGACCACGCUGCACUACCCGGCGCCCAAGUGCAACAAACCCACGGUCUACGGCGUGUCGCCCAUCCACGACAAGUGGGAGAUGGAGCGCACCGACAUCACCAUGAAGCACAAGCUGGGCGGCGGCCAGUACGGCGAGGUCUACGUGGGCGUCUGGAAGAAGUACAGCCUCACCGUGGCCGUGAAGACCCUCAAGGAAGACACGAUGGAAGUGGAGGAGUUCCUCAAGGAGGCCGCGGUGAUGAAAGAGAUCAAACACCCGAACCUGGUGCAGCUGCUCGGCGUGUGCACGCUGGAGCCGCCCUUCUACAUCGUGACCGAGUACAUGCCCUACGGCAACCUGCUCGACUACCUGCGCGACUGCAGCCGCGAGGAGGUGACGGCCGUGGUGCUGCUGUACAUGGCCACGCAGAUCUCGUCGGCCAUGGAGUACCUGGAGAAGAAGAACUUCAUCCAUCGGGACCUCGCAGCUCGGAACUGCCUCGUGGGGGAGAACCACGUGGUGAAGGUGGCCGACUUCGGCCUGAGCCGGCUGAUGACCGGGGACACCUACACGGCCCACGCGGGCGCCAAGUUCCCCAUCAAGUGGACGGCGCCCGAGAGCCUGGCCUACAACACCUUCUCCAUCAAGUCCGACGUCUGGGCUUUCGGGGUCCUGCUGUGGGAAAUCGCCACCUAUGGGAUGUCCCCGUACCCAGGGAUCGACCUGUCUCAGGUCUACGAUCUCCUGGAGAAGGGGUACCGGAUGGAGCAGCCCGAGGGGUGUCCCCCGAAGGUCUACGAGCUCAUGAGAGCCUGCUGGAAGUGGAGCCCGGCCGACAGGCCCUCGUUUGCUGAGACACACCAGGCCUUUGAGACCAUGUUCCACGACUCCAGUAUUUCAGAAGAAGUGGCAGAGGAGCUUGACCGAGCCGCGUCCUCGUCGUCCAUCGUUCCCUACCUGCCGCGGCUGCCACUGCUGCCCUCCAAGACGCGGACGCUCAAGAAGCCGGCGGACAACAAGGAGAACAUGGAUGGGGCCGUGGACGCCGCCACUGAGAAUUCCGCAGGGCUGCUCCGCGGCGCGCAGGGCCCUGGCGGGUCCCCGGCGCUGCCCCGCAAGCAGCGCGACAAGUCCCCGGUGGGGCUGCUGGACGACGGGCGCGAGGCGGGCUUCGCGCGCGACCGCAAGGGCGGCUUCUUCAGCUCGUUCAUGAAGCGGCGCAGCGCGCCCGCCCCGCCGCGCCGCAGCAGCUCGUUCCGCGAGAUGGAGCCGCCGCCCGCGCGGAGGCCGGAGCCGCCCGGGGAGGACGCGGGCGCGGGCGGCUGGGCCGGCCUCUCGGGCUUCUUCACGCCGCGCCUCAUCAAGAAGACGCUGGGGCUGCGCGCCGGCAAGCCCGCGGCGGGCGAGGACGCGGCCAAGCCCUUCCCGCGCUCCAACUCCACGUCGUCCGUGUCCGCGGGCCCCGCCGAGCAGGACCGCCUGACCAUGACGCUGCCGCGCAACUGCCCGCGCGCGCGUGCGCCGCUCGAGAGGACCGCGUCGUCGGCCGCGUCCCCGCCCGAGGACGCCGGCGACGCGCCGGCCCGGCGCCCGGACGCCGCGCGGCCCCGCGCCAAGCUGCUGGCGCGCGAGCGGGACCGGGACCGGGACCGCGAUCGGGAGCGCGAGCGCGAGCGGGACCGGGACGCGCGCGCCGACGACGGCGGCGGCGGCGGCGGCGAGGCGGGCGCCUGGAGCCACAAGGUGCCCGUGCUCAUCUCGCCCGCGCCCGAGCGCGGCCCGGGGCUGCCCCUCGUGGGCACCGACUCUCAGGGCAACAAGUUCAAGCUCCUGUCCGAGCACCCGGGCGACAAGGACCGGCCGCGGCGCGUGAAGCCCAAGUGCGCGCCGCCGCCGCCGCCCGUGCCGCGCCCCGAGGACCCCGCCGCGCCCCCCGUGGCCGCCGCCGCCGAGGCCCCCGACGCCGCCGCCGCCGCGGGGAAGAGGCCGGGGCCCGCGGGGGGCAAGGCCCCGAGGCCCGCCCUACCCCCUCCGCAAGUGCCUCCGGCCGCGCCGGCCGCGUCGCCCGCCAAGCUGGCCAACGGCACGGCGGGCGCCAAGGUGGCCCUGCGCAAGACGCGGCCGGCGGCCGAGCGGGGCCCGGCCGAGAAGGUGAGCCGCGAGGCGCUGCUGCAGUGCGCCGACCUGCUGUCCAGCGCCAUCGCCGAGCCCGUGCCCAACAGCCAGCUGGUGGACACGGGCCACCAGCUGCUGGGCUACUGCUCGGGCUACGUGGACUGCAUCCCGCAGACGCGCAACAAGUUCGCCUUCCGCGAGGCCGUGAGCAAACUGGAGCUGAGCCUGCACGAGCUGCAGGUGGCCCCCGCCGCCGCCACGGCCGGGGGCCCCGGGGCCAGCCCCGCGCUCGGCCACCUGCUGUCCUGCGUGCAGGAGAUCAGCGACGUGGUGCAGAGGUAGCCGCCGCCCCCGCCGGGGCCUGGGAGGCGCGCGUGUCCCCGUGUCCCCGUCCUCAGCGGCCG